UGCAUUAGUUUGUGCUUUGUGAUCAAACUCCCCGCUUCUUCUGAAAGUAUCUUCUCUCUUCCUUCACUAUCUGUACCUUACUUCUCGCCCUAAUCUUAAAAAUAACAAACAGUUAGUUCGUUAUACAUUUAAGCUAGUAUGGAAGUAGAGAGAACGCAAUUUCCGCGCAGAAGAACACAAAGAAAAGAUGAUGAAUCGAGCGCCUGUGUACCACGGCGAGGAAGGAACUCAAAGCGGUCGUAUCAAAGGGACAGCACACGUAGACGAGGUUCCUAUGAAGAGCCAACAUCUCCUGUAGUUGAAAAUGAUCUCCGCUCUCCAUGUCACAAGCAGCCCAGGUUUAAGGGGGAGAAAGAAAAUGCAGAAAGGCGCAAAUGCACCCCUGUUGUUAGCCACAGGUGGUCAAAAAACAGAGUUAAUGAUUAUGGGGUGGAACAUAAAUCACCUCUUACGUUAUGCAACAAAGAGUUUCCUCCACUGGGAUUUGAUUUUGAUAGAUAUACUCCAGAAUCCAACAAAGACUGGGCAACAAUGGUAGAAGAAGAAGAACAACAGAAAGAUCAACCAACUCAAAUAACUCUGAAAGACCCCUCCAGAUUCAAACGCAAACUUCUCCUAACUGAUCCAAAAGACCAGCCAACUAGCAACAAGCCAACAGUAUCCAACAAAUCUAUGGAAACAGACCUGCACAAGCUGGAAAAACGUCAGAAACAGAUUGACAUUGGAAAAAACACAGUGGCUUAUGGGCGAUUUUCUGCCCAAAUCCCCAGGGAGAAGCGGGCAAAGGAGGACCCAUCGACUCCAGACAAGUUUCAGCAGUGCAGCACCCGCUCAUGGGUAGGGCAGGUCAGGGUGUGGCGACGGCGCCUGCAUUCUUGGGACCCCCCCUCUGGAUCAGAAGACUUGUUCUCACACUCCCCCUCAAGCAGCCAAUCAGAGACAAACAUGGAUAUUGAUGCUGCCCUGAUCAGCAAGCCUGAAGAUCCUGAUGACUUAUUCAAGGGGUUUGAUAUUGAUGCAUGCCUCCUUGAAGAUGGAAUUACUUUCUAGGUGAUACUAGGCUUGUGCUUACUUUAACAUCUACCCUAGCACAUGCAGGGAAUUGUUGUUAUAUUGUACAGUUUUAUUGUUAAUAUUCUAUUUUUAUUUUAAGAAUUCAGUGAUCAUUCUUAUUACUAUUAUAAAGUGUACAUUAAACUCAAAGCAACCCCAAAAGGCACAUUACUAAAGUGGAAUAUUUGUCUAAUUUUUAUACUGUUUUAUAUCCUUUAAAAUUCAAAGACCACACAUUAGAGGAACAACACCUUGCUUGACAUGGCAUACGUUUAUUGUUGUAUAGCUCAUUUAUAGGAAAAGAUUGGCAUCAAUUCAUUAUCAUUUCAUCAACUUGUAAUUCUUAGUUUCGAAGUAAAAACUACAUCAUUCAAUGAACAAUAAAAACAAAAGAGAUGUU